UACAUGGAAACAAAAAUCAUGGGGCGUUCAAUGCGUUUGUUUGCAACUGUCUUACUCUUGCUUAUGGUUGUCUUUGUCACUGAGAUGGGGCCUGCAGAGGCAAGGAGCUGUGAGUCACCUAGCCAAAAGUUCAAAGGAUUUUGUACGAGAAGCAGCAACUGUGCUUCUGUUUGCAACACUGAAGGCUUCCCUGAUGGCAAAUGCAAAGGCUUUCGACGUCGUUGCUUUUGUACCAGAAAUUGUUAAAUCUAUCUAUCUAAUGGAGUAAUUAAGUAUGUGAAAUGAGAAUAACGUGCGUUCAAUAUGUUUAGCACGAAGUAUUAAGUACUGUUAUUAAGGUUGAAUGUACUACUUUUUAGUAUUUGAUUAUGUUAAAAACUA